AUGGCCGCGCCCAUGGGUAACGUGGGCGACGCCGCGCCGGGUAAUGGGGACACGGGGACACGGGAGUCUGGGGCUGGAGACGGCACGGGGACACGGGAGUCUGUGGGUGGAGACGGCACGGGGACACGGGAGUCUGUGGGUGGAGACGGCACGGGGACACGGGGCUCUGGGGACGAGCGCCAUGGUUUGCACCUCUUCCCCGAGCGGCUGGUGCCUAAAUUCAAGCGCGGGUUCGUGGCCAGCUUGAGGUGCAACUACAUGCUAAAGGUCGCGCUGGAGUCGAAUCCGUAUGCAAAACUUCUACAAGAUGCCUUGAAGAGGUCGGGGUGUACCGCGUACAGGGAUCGACACUUCUCAUGCGAAGAGUGCGACAAUAAAGUUGCCGGGGGAUUCGACUCCAACACAUCACAGGUGGUGAUUUGCCAGAACAACGUGCAGAACCAGCACUACAUGGACCGCGUGGUGACGCACGAGCUCAUCCACGCCUUCGACCACUGCCGCGCGCACGUCGAUUGGUUCGGCUCAAUGGACCACAUGGCCUGCUCCGAGAUCCGAGCUGCGAACCUCAGUGGGGAUUGCUCCUUCCAAAACGAACUCAGGCGAUACAACUUUGGACUGAAAGGCCAUCACCAGACGUGCGUGCGCAACCGAGCCGUCUUGUCCAUCCUGGCGGUGCGGCCCGCGACUGUCGAGGAGGCCAAGGCGGCCGUGGAUCGCGUGUUCGAGCCGUGCUUCAACGACCUGGAGCCCUUCGGCCGCAUCCCUCUGAGCAAGAAGCACGCCAAGUACGCCUUCCUGCACCAUGAGUCACGCGACCGCUACGAAGCCAACCUCUAG